AUGUCAUCCUCAGCAGCAGAAGCUGUAGCCAAUAUCGAAGAGCUCCUUACUCAGAUCCUUGUGUCGCUGCCAUUACGAUCACUUGCUCGUUUCAAGUGCGUCUCCACGCAUUGGCUCUCUCUCAUCUCCGACCUCCGCACCCUCAAAAACCCCAAGAUAUCGGCUUUCUUCUCUAGCAAAAUCCAAGACGAGUGCUUCAAGUCCAUCCCUCUUGGUAACCAUGAAAUCCCACCUGGGUGGAAUCCCUUCAAAACCCUUAACAAUUCCGUCCCUGAUGGAUCCAAGUUGAGGAUUCUUCAGUCCUGCAAUGGCCUCUUUCUCUGCCAUAUUCCUAUAUUUGGAGAACAAAGGAAACAUCAUCCCGUAUAUGUUGUUAAUCCAACAACCAACCAAUUCCGGGCUGUUUCCUCUCCAAGGGUUGGGGAAUAUAUGGACAGAUUAGCUUUUGUACGGUAUGCUUUGGCUUUUGACCCUUCCAAAUCACCUCAUUACAAGGUGAUCUGUGUGACUAACUCGGUGCCCACCAUUUAUCAUUAUGUGGAACGGGAAGGCGAGCACCACAAAAUAGACAUAUAUUCGUCUGAGACUGAAAACUGGAAGCAUCUAAAUAUUCCUUUCUUCCAAAGCCCCUCUGACAGGCACAGGCACUAUAGUUUAAAGAUGGUGGCCAUGCACUUUGAUCGCAGGAGCAGGGAAGGCGCCAUAUACUGCAACGGCGCAGUUCAUUGGAUAAGAGAGACAGGGGAAGCAAGAUUUUCAUUCUGCUUCUUCCCAGGUGGUAGGUUUGAAUUCGAAAGAAAGGAAACUGAUGUGCUGCACUACUUUGAUAUAGGCCAAGAACGUCUGCUGCUCGUGUCCACUACCCCUCCUGUCCCCUUGGUUGUCAAAAACAUUCCGCAGGAUUCUGAUCCAUGGCCCACUGAAUGGCCGAGAUUGGCUCAAAGAUAUUUUGGGGAGUCCGGUGGCCAUUUGUAUUUGAUUGAGACUUAUAAGAAUUGCAAGACCCAAUUUGAUGUGAUGGAGAUGGAGAGGGACUACUCUGGCUGGUUUGUCAAGUAUCAUGUUGAUCUUCAUUCGGUAUUCACAGCUCUUCCUGAUCCGAAUGCUUUUGUCAUCUUGUGCCUCUCUCAAGAGAAGGAAAAACAUGAAGAGGAGGAUUCUUCAGCUGAUCUUUUGUUGUAUAUGCCAGAUAAGGUCAUAUCUUAUAAUCUGAAGAAUAAGACCUUCAAGGCAUCUGUUGUGGAGUUGGCCAAUGAAGAACUUCUUCUUGCUAUGGAUGGUCGAUUCUAUAGGGAUGAGGUUGUUAUGUAUCCUUACAUGGAGGGUUUAGCUUGUGUGGAACGAUAG